UCGUCAACUAAGUUUCUUCAUUCUUCACUUCAUAUUAUCAACUUCAUUCUAAACAAUUAGAAAGAACAAAUUAUACAUGUCUCCACAAACAUAAAGAAUAUUAGCUGUUUAUGCAAGAUAUAUUAUUUAGAAUAUUAAAUAUACCGGGAAAGUAAUUAUAUGUGUGUGGGCGGGUACCGGUGAAUAGUGUAGCGGGUUUAAACCCGAACCCGGCCCAAAACCCGUCAACACGGGUUUUACCCACGUUGACCGGGUUAGAUUGGGUGGGUAUCAAUGGGUUCGGGGUUUGUUGCCAUCCCUAAUUGCCAGCAUGCUCUAAGAUCUUCCAGACGCACCCAGUUGGACUACAAGGUGAGCCCACUUAUCAUUGUUCUAGAAUCCAACAGCCGCGAAGGCCCAAUGAGGAGAAGGGUUAAGAUCGGGGUAGAGCAAACAAGGCCCAAUUCUGUGGGGCCCACUGGGCGGCGUAUAUAAAAUGAGCGGGCGGGCGGGCGGCGGAAAGAGGAAGGAACCAACGGUUAGUGAUUGAUAGAGAGAGAAACCAAACACCAAUCCAAGCUCCGCUAGCUUCUCUCUCGCUGCAUCGCGUCAGGAGCGAGAAAAGCUCGUGUUCUCCAUCGUCAGAUCUGCGGCGUUCUCUGUCUGAGAUUAAAUCGCCAAAAAAAAAAAAAAAAAAAAUUCCAUUCCAACCAAUCAACCUCCUUCCCUCCCUUCCUGCGCGCUCAAAUACAAAAACCACCUUCUCUCUCUCUCGCUCUACAGGUAUGUAGCUCCUUCCCAACCACCGCUCCUUCUCUCCCUCUGCUUCGUAAACCCUAGGGUUUCGAUUUCGGCUCUCUUUUUAGUUCCUUCAUUUUCUUGUUUUUCUCUCUGCUUAUCUGCCUGAUUUGCACGGAUGAUGUCUUGAGCUGCGGUCGGUGAGCAGGCAUUUAGGGCUUUUUUCGAUCCCCUCUUCAUUUGCGUUUUCUGUGUGUGUAUUUGGUGUGGAUAUGCUGGUUUCGGUUUAGCGUGGAGUGAAAUGGUUCGGUUUUGCGGCAGUCGGGAGGCAGAUAGUUUUGUGGAUUUUCUGACUUUCUUCUUUGUGUAGUCAAACCGUAGUAGGGUUUGGUAAGUGGGGCUGAAAUUUCAUGGUUCCGACGGGGUUUCCUAGGGAUUAGAGGUGCUUAAGGGAUUUUGAUGGAACUGCUCUAAUGGUCUUAUUUUGGUCUGAUUAUUAGUGUGAUUGUAGGGAGAGUGCUGCGGGAUGGCAGAUAAUCCAGGUAGUCCGGCAGGGGGGAGUCACGAGAGUGGGGGUGAGCACGAACAGAGCCCUCACUCCGGAGUUAGGGAGCAGGACAGGUUCCUCCCUAUCGCCAACAUUAGCAGGAUCAUGAAGAAGGCAUUGCCUGCCAACGGCAAGAUCGCUAAGGAUGCCAAGGAUACUGUCCAGGAAUGUGUAUCUGAGUUUAUCAGCUUCAUCACUAGCGAGGCGAGUGAUAAAUGUCAAAAGGAGAAGCGGAAGACAAUCAAUGGGGAUGAUUUGUUGUGGGCAAUGGCAACGUUAGGCUUCGAAGAUUACAUUGAACCACUCAAGGCGUACCUUAAUAGGUACCGAGAGGUAACUGAUCCUUCACUUAAUUUCAUUUUACUUCUUCCUUCAAAAUAUUUUCAAGCUUUCACAGUUUUGAGUGAUAUGGAGCCUAAUAAUCUUCCUUUUAUAUGUCUUUUCUUGGUUUAAUUUGUUAUGCUGUGAUUGCGGUGACAUAGUUGGAGGUAAUUUGACACCCUCUCUGGACUAAAUCACACAAUUAUUAAUCUAAAUUUAAUAUCCUUUUUAUGGGUUUUAAUUUUUGAACAAUGUAUGACAGGGAGAUGCCAAAGGGCCUAUUAGGGGUGUAGAAGGAUCUGUCAAAAGGGAUCCAGUUGGUGGCAUGUCUGCUCAAAAUGCACAGGUAACUUUGUCGAACUUUCUGUGGUUUUGCUUUAAAUGGUUAUGUUCUGGAAAUUUAAUCUUCUAACUUAAUGAUUGCAGCAUUAUCUGACUUGUUCCUUUCCUGUGGAACGCUCGUGACGGGUGAAUAUGACAGUAUGCUAUACAGGGGUCAUUGAACUACAUGAGUCAGCAGGUGUGUCUGCCUCUCUUCCUCUCUCCACCCCCUUUCAAUUCUCCUCUUUCUUUUCCAUUUGUAGGCAUAUGCAUGAAGAAUAGCAACAAACUAGACUUUUAGAAUAACAGUAGGGUUUGAAAAUUAACUACAGGGAUAUCAAGCUGUGUGAUAUUCAUGCGUGCAUACUGCACAUUUUGGUCGCAAAGAUACUGCAUGAGUUUCUAAAAUUUAACUAUUGUCUUCCAAGAGAUCAAUUAUCGUCCGUCAUUCAGGUUGCAUAUGGGGGGAUAAAUAGUCUGGAACAGAUGACUCGCCUUAUGUCCUGUCACUGUAUGCAGUAUAGUCUAGUACUCUUGGACUGCUUCUUCAUUUGGUUGGAGUUUCACAUAGUUAUCUGAGUGGUUUUUAUUUAUUGUAGCGAAAUGUGAUAGCUGCUGUGCCAUUUGCUCAGUAAUAGUUGGCCAGACCUGAACAUAAGAAUUGAUAUGAUGGCUGUCAUUUCUUCAUUGGAGAUUGCUUAUCUUCUCUUGAGUCCUCUCUGAGAAACAUUCUUGAAGAUGUUUUAGAAUGUUAUAUAUGUAGCCAAUUGAAUAAUUAUAAGUUUGCGAACUAGUAGUUGUGUAGCAGCUUUUAUCCGGAUUCUGCCUCUCUCAAAAUCUUUUACCGACACGAGUAUUCACAGACCACAGUAUUGGCGUUUUCAAGUGCUAUCUAUUCCAACCUGUUACAGGCACGCUUUCAUUGCACGACCUAGUCAUCAUCAUGGGUCACAUUGUUGCUCGUUAAUAGGAUACCAACAGUCCAUGUUUAGGAUUUCAUUUCGUCUCUUGUACAUCCUUUCUUGAUGAAUAGUUGUUUGUUGUUUUAACCUUUUGUAGCUCUCUUGAUGAUGUGCAGUGACAAGGACAGCAUAUGAUAGUUCAUGCAAUGCAAGCCAACGAGUAGAGAGUGCGGCGAUAUCUCUCAUAUUACCAAUGCAAAGUAUCCUAGGCUGGUAAAAAAAAACUGUUUUGUUGUCGACACAUUGUAUCAAUCUGUGUCCUUAUAGUUCCUUUUGGUGCGUGAUUGAAACCAUUGUGGUGAUAUGAGUUUUUGGGGUUCUGGUUUUGAAUGUUAGUGUUGGGGGGUUGGUUUGAUUUGGUAAAUUAGUAUUUACUUGUGAGAAGAGAACCAGAUUUGAUGAUAGCUGGAGAUUAGUGCCUGUAAAUUUCGCUGUUCCUCCCCAUAUAUGGAUCGAACCAUUUGAAGAAAUCUGAAAAAGUUGCGAGGUUUGAGCAGAUUAAUCCGAAUGCAUUGAUCAGUAUCCUGUGGAGGCUGUGUUAAUGGGUGUGAACAAUGUGGUUGAGUUGUGUAUCGUUAUAUGACAAAGGGAAAGGCCAGCUGAUUGGCAUUGGGGAGUAGAAACUCUCGCAAAAGAAAGAAAGCAUCUCUCGUUACUUGGGGGGCACACGUUGUCUGGAUUAGGUCUUGGCAUUUCUUGUCGAGGUAUGCUAUAGAAGUAACGAGUUGGUUGCCAACCAUUUGAUGAUACCAUGUGAAUCGCUAGAAAUAUGUACAGUGUAUGGCUAAUCCAAUAACGAGAGUUUCGUAAGUGGACUAUCCCAAUCCUAUUCAUUGUCAUAGUUCUGAUGAACAGGUGCCUUCUGAGCGGUUUGACCGGAUGAAGGUUUGACUAACCCAGUUCAGUGCAGUAUGGAUUAUGUUGUCUUUUGGCUUGUUGGAAACCGGUUGGACUGCAAGGAUUUUCUUUUUGUUCGUGGCGCAUAAAUUCUUCACCAUGUUUGCUGCCUGGGAGCGUGGAGAAUCACCGAGCCAAAACCCCACCUGAAUAAGUGCGGGUAGGAAAAUCAUCGAUCCACGACGACCACAACCCAUCCACAAGAACGACUUUACGAUGUAUCGUUAUAGUGAACGCGAUAGUGAAAACAUUAAAGCAGAAAGCGAGUGUGUUGAGUUUGGGUGAGGCAAAGCUUGGACAGCAAGGUAGCAUUGUGUCAUGUCUGUGUGUGAGAACUUGAGAAGCCAAGAUGACUCUAGAACGAAAUUCAUUGCGAGCUGUAUGAUUGAAGGGAAUUUGGGUUGGCUUCCAUUCAUUUCCAGUCAUGUCUGUACUCUUGCUCUUUAUCUGUCCGCCACCCACAAUUCCACGAGAAGCGCUGAAGCAAAGAGGAAGACAUUGGAAGAAAGAAAGAUCAAUGGAGCUGGGGCACGUGAGCCAUAAUGAUGGAACGUGGGUUGUGAUGAUAAUGCUAGUGUGAGGAGAUGAAGACGGUCAAACAAUAUUAGGAGUGGUCAAUAGGCACUACUACAAAGCGAGGCAAGGAAGGAUUAGCCACAAUCAUAGUUAGUUAGUUAGUUAUGCAGUAAUUAAAAGCUCAUGGAAUGUCUGAGUUGGGUUGAGUUGAGUGAAAUGAGCGAGCCAGCGAGUUAUGACCGAGUUGUUGUUUCUUCUUUCCGGGGGGUUGCCAGAGAGAGAGAGAGAGAGAGAGAGAGUGUGUGUGUUCUGCAAAAUCCAGCUCAUGGAUCCACAAGACCAUGCCAUCAACAAAAAGAAGACCCAUUGUUCCUGGGUCCUCUCUUUCCCAUCUGGCGACCCACACCAGUGAAUACACUUAUAAUAUUAUCUUCCUUGAUUAAUCAUCUUGAUUUGAACUAGUUCUCUCGAAAGGGAAACAUUGGUCAUUACUCAUUAAGUUUUGGGUCAUCACUUAACAAUUAGCAUGGACUAUUCAUAGUAACGCAUGUCUCGUUCAAAUAAGAAUCUUUCAAAACUUAGUUUGGGUGAGUUGAUACACAUGUUUCGACAAUUUGAACAAAAAUAUGAGACCAAGUAUACAUAAUUUUCAAUGUAUUAUGAAUACAUCAUGCAUUCCUCUCAUACAUGCAUUCUGUGGUUAAAACAAGUCAAAUAACGUUAUAUUCUGCAAAAUACACAAGUUGUUGGGAGAGGUUCCACAUAGUGGGUCACACUGGCGGAUCCAGGGGGUGGCCACCCCAGGCCCCGGCCCAGCCCUCCUCUGGAUCCGUAGUUACUAUAGUCCUUAUGAAAUUUUUGAUUUUAGACAUUCAAUCCAGUGUUAUUCUAUGAUAAGAUUGGGUUUAACUAGAAAAAUUAUCAAGUUGAACAUAUUCAAAUCACUAUUCUAAAUUUAGCCUAGAAAUUUUAGCCCCAAAUAUUAUGCGUCUUAAAAAAACAAUGAAACCUAAAAUUCUAAAAAGUUAAAAACGUAAAAGACUAAAAGAAAUAUGAGGUUUGUUUCCUUACAAAUUUACUAAAGCAGCUGGUGUGCAGGGAUGGACACACAAUGUAAAUUGAUUAGUCGAUUGAUUUAUCUAGUGUUGAUGCUGCUCGUUUCAACAGCUACUACGAAGAGAACCUUUUUAACAAUGAAACAUGUGAGAACUGAUUUGCUCAACAAAAUGAGCGAUGAAUUUCUCGCCGAUUGCUCAAGUAUUUUAUUUGAAACAGUGUAUACUAUUGGUAUGGAUGUAGACUUCAUUAUUGAUGCAUUCCCUAAAUUGAAAUACAGUUGUGUACAAUUUACAUUGCAAAAAACUAUAAUCAUUAUAUUUUUUUACGGUUCUAAUUUUCUAAUGAAAUGCAGCCCAGUGCUCUUCUGUGUUCUGGAUCCGCCGCUGGUGGGUCAACAGGAAUCGAACAGAAGACGUCACAGUCACAUUCGGCUAUGAUUCCACUUCAAGAACCAGUUGCUCACAAUAACUCGAGUUGUUGAGAGAGGUUCCAUAAUGGAUCAUAUAUCGUUUACUAACACACUAAGUGACUGUUCGAUGGAUAAUAAAUACCACUUCCUUCUCCAUGAACACAUGAAAAGUAUAAGUUUCUUCAUCAAUCUUUGUAGACUCUUCCACAAUUCACUAACGGGUGGUUUGGAUGAGGAAUUGUAACGGAUCAAUUUCAAUUACCUGGGGUGAGAACAGGUAAUUCGAAUUGACUCGUUUUAAUUGCCUCGUUUAUAAAACGAGACAAUUGAU